UAUUUAAGGCACUGGCCUUUCCACUGCUGCCCCCAAAUUCGAUCCGGGGUUUCUGUCUCUCCCUCUUUUUUUGCUUUUCCCCUAGUCGCGGAUAGCAGAAGAAUUCAGCUCCAGCUACUGGUCCAUUGGAUAUCUAACUUCCCUUCACGAUGGCUUCCACCGAACCCCAAACGACCGCACCACCAGUUGCCGACUCCGAGAAGGGCGUCAGCACUGGUGCUAACAACCUCAACGGCGCUUCUACCACUCAACGGUACGACUAUGGUGGUAAUCCUCUAUACCACGCGCACGCUGGCCCUGAUGCUCGACUCCCUGCCUUUGGCGGGGAGUUCCAACCGGGGCUGUAUAAGCCCAUCGAGCACCGCAAGUUCGCCAAUCCCGCGCCUCUCGGUCUCUCGGCUUUCGCCCUGACCACCUUUGUGCUAUCUCUCGUCAACUGUGGCGCCCGAGACAUUACUACCCCGAAUAUUGCCUUGUCUCUGGCCUUUGGAUACGGCGGUCUCGUGCAACUCUUGGCUGGCAUGUGGGAGAUGGCUGUUGGCAACACCUUUGGUGCUACUGCUCUGUCCUCAUACGGCGGCUUCUGGAUCUCCUACGCCAUCAUCCUAACUCCGGGCUUCAAUGUCCUCGGCGACACGGAGGAGGUUAGUGGCGCCGCUGGUGUAGCGUCCGUGCUUGGUUUCUUCCUCACGGGCUGGUUCAUCUUCACCUUCCUCCUGCUCCUGUGCACGCUACGAUCGACUGUCAUGUUCUUCACCCUGUUCCUCACCCUCGACCUGGCCUUCCUCAUGUUGGCUUGCGGUGAAUUUGCCAAGUCCAAUGGCGCUGCUACCGCUGCCGUUAAACUUACGCAAGCCGGUGGUGGCUUUGGUUUGAUUGCCGCUUUCUUGGCAUGGUACAACGCCUUUGCCGGUAUUGCCGACUCUAGCAACUCGUUCUUCAUCAUUCCCGUCUUCCACUUCCCAUGGUCUGAGAAGGGUCGCCAGGAGCGUCAGAAGACCGAACGUGAGACUGUUUAAGUCAGUACCCCAUCGGAGAGCUCGUCGCAGCUUCGUGUGGCUUUUUGUGUGUUUUAGUAUCUGAAAUUGGAGUGGGAACAGGUCACGGCAGUGGGCCGUCCGGCAUUCUUUUUCGGGAAGCGGGGAGGGUUAUGAUACCAAAUCUACUUAUUUAAUCAUUAUGCGACGCAGAUACAGAAAAUGAAAUGCGGAUGGAUAAUAUCUAUCCACCUGGAGGCAAGGUCGAAUGAUGGGAUGGAUAUAAAUGUGUAAAGAUGAUGAAA